CGCAGAGAGGGGCUGCCGUGUUUUCUGAAUGGUAACUGUGAUCGGGUUGCAUUGAUUCCUAAGCAGAAUACGGGCCUUAUGUAUGUAUGUGCGACCACCUUCGGAGACAUAACGGGCUGCUCGUUACAAGCUGAAGCCGUUUCUUCGAGGAUACGUGCGCGUCAUAUUUUAUAGGCUAUAGCUGAGGUCCAUGUGAAUACAUGCCUUUAGAUGUCGGGAGGCUUUCUGAGGGCAGUACUGAGCUAUAAAAGUGCGGCAGCGAUGUGCACGUCCGACGGCCACACGGAGGGAGCACAGUGAGAGACCGUUUGUUCCACUGUAGUCUUUGACUUUUCAGCUGUCGGUCACAGGCAGGGUUCAGGCUCUCCGCUUCAGCUCCUCACUUGGUUCACCGCCUGGUUUUAUGCGACGUCAUGAGUUGAUCGCGCCUGACAGAUGUUGCUGUGUUGCAGAUGCACAGGCAUCGCUCCUCGCGUUCUUCUCGCUGCUGUUUAAGCGUUGAUUAGGUUAAAUAAUAAUAAUAAGAAGAAGAAGAAGAAGAAGAAGCUGAUUAUAUUCUAAAUGUUAAGCCCUCGCUUUGCUCUCGGACAGAUCGCAGCGUUCAUUUAGUCUUUGUGAUUGCAUAAAAUGAUACCUGGAUCCGCCGCAUCAAUGCUACCGUCAGCAGAAGCCGCGAAACUGUACCAGACCAAUUACGUCCGCAACUCCCGUGUGAUCGGACUUCUGUGGGCCAUCUUCACUAUUCUGUUCGGUAUUGUUAACGUGACCAUCUUCUCGCAGCCCUAUUGGAUUGGAGAUGGCAUGGAUACGCCGCAGGUCGGCUACUUCGGCCUUUUUCAUUAUUGUAUUGGAGAUGGAGUCUCCAGAGACCUGACCUGCCAGGGUAGCUUCACCGAGUUCUCCGCUAUCCCCUCUGGUGCGUUCAAGGCCGCCUCCUUCUUCAUUGGAAUGUCUAUGAUGCUGGUCGUCACCUGCAUCGGCUGCUUCAGUCUCUUCUUCCUCCUCAGCACAUCUACCGUGUACAAGAUCUGUGGCUGGAUGCAAGCAGCAUCAGGUGUCUGUCUGGUGCUGGGUUGUAUGAUCUAUCCUGAUGGAUGGGACAGUGACGAGGUCCGGCGAAUGUGCGGAGAGCAGACUGACAAGUACAGCCUGGGCGCCUGCUCCGUUCGCUGGGCUUAUAUCUUGGCUAUCAUGGGCAUCCUGGAUGCCCUCAUCCUCUCCUUCUUGGCUUUCGUCCUGGGGAACCGUCAGGACGGCCUCAUGACAGAGGAGCUGCUGGCUGAAAGCAAGGAUGGAGGGAAUGCCUAAUCGAAUCAAUAGGUUCCCGAAGAUCCACGUGUCUGUUUUCAUAAAGUACCAGUCGAUCAACAUCAGCUUAAAAAGGAGGGAGGCGGUCCGAGUGUGUGGUGGAGAGGAAUUCUGUUGAACCAGCCAGCCUGCCUUUUGCAACUACCUGCCAAAAAAACCCAAUGUAACCUACCUUUGAUGUUGUGCUCACCAUUGUGCUCACAGUCCUUAUGUCAUCCCCAGCAUUUAGAUGGAGCCCAAAGCACUUCUAUCCUAAUGUGUCUGAGCCUUGCACAACAUUUCAUAGACCAUGGCAAGGGGCAGAGACUGUUAAUCUGUCGACAAGUAUAUGGACUACCCACUACCUACCUGCAAAGACACAGGGUUGACAUUGUACACUUGCAGUGUGAGCACAGACAAAACACAAACACACACACACACACACACUACAACUCAUACACAAGAUUUUACAUUCAAACAAAACAUAAACAAAAUUCUGUAAUUACAAGUAUUAAAGUAUGUUAACACUUAGCUGUGUGUGUCACCGUCAGAAUGCCUAUCAUGUUUUAUUUGUGAAAAAAAGAAACUUCUCAUUUUCAGAUAAUAUCGGGUUUAUGUAAAUCUGUUGUGUUUAGGUUUGACACUUAAAAGAGAGUUUUAUUUGCUUAUGUGCCCCCACCCCCCUUGUCCCCCCUCACUUUACUAGAGAAAAAGAUAUUUAAGACUCUUUUAUAAGAAUAUUGUCACCUAAAACAGACACAACUUGUAUUACAAAGUAUGUACAGUAAAUAUUUAAGAUGUUAUAGGUAUUUUAACUAAGUCCAUUUAAUGCCCCGCUAGCUAACUUUGCACAGCGCUUCAGUUUAAGAAGAAAUCUAAUAUUUUAUAGUUUGUGUAUCUACACUGUGAUGGUGGCUAUUAGGACUGCUGCAGGACUCCUAGCUACUGUAUGACUGUGUGGUUCUGUAUGAGUGCAUACCGUAAGGAGGUCGGUGGGUAUUUGAGCGAGUGCAUGCACGUAUGUGAGUGCUGGUGUGAAUGUGGUGUGUGCAAUAGUUUGUUGGUCUAGUGAACCAAUAUGCCAGCCUCACACACAAUUGUCCUGUUGUUAAUCUAAAUCUGUGGGUCUAUGUCUUAGUCCAGGUCUGUCUUUCUGUUUCUCCCUCUUUGACUCCUUUUGUCUCUUUGCUUUGUUGGGACAUACAGGGUAACAUAAAGGGGGUGGGAGUAUAACGUGGGGUGACUGGUGUGCCUGAGUAUUGAACUCAAGUAAUAAUGAAUUAGUAAGGCCUGUCCCAGCCUCACCUGUGGGUGUGUUCUUGUGUAAAUAGAUAUUCUGUAGAUGCCAAUUAGCAAAUAUGGAAAAGGUGAUUAACUUACAGCAUUGAAAGAGAUUCCUUA